AUGUCUGAGGGUCAACAUCACGGAGGUGUAGCACAUCACACCACCAAUAAUUUCGACAAUAAUUAUCAACAACACUUCAGAGAGACAUUUAACAAGCAAGGCAGAAAGACCCCAGUCUUAAUUGGGUACAGAGCAGAAAAUCAAUAUAUCUGGGUUUAUGGCUAUAAUUCUUUCAUCACUGGAGCAUACUACGGAGCUUUCAUUGGAAUUCCCUACUCUGUCUUUCACAGGAAACUUUCCCUGAUUCCAAAAUAUGCUGCUGGAUUUGGUGCUUUAUAUGCAGCUUUCAGUGCUUCAAGUGCCUAUUUCAGAAAUGAAAUUUGA